GCUUCCGCGCGCUGCCGGGCUGAGGCCGGGAAGUUGCGGCGGUAGCAGCAGCGAUCGGAGCCCAGCAGCGGGACCGGCCAUGUGAGAGAUCCCCCACCACCCCAGCACAACACUAGAUUUGUAAUGAAAUGGAGUCUGGGACAAACUCUUUUCGAGUGGAAUUUCCUGAUUUUUCUAGCACCAUUUUGCAGAAGUUGAACCAGCAGCGCCAGCAGGGACAGUUAUGUGAUGUUUCCAUUGUAGUUCAGGGCCAUCUGUUCAGAGCCCAUAAAGCUGUCCUUGCAGCCAGCUCACCUUACUUCUGUGACCAAGUACUCUUGAAAAAUAGCAGGCGAAUAGUCCUUCCGGAUGUGAUGAAUCCAAGAGUGUUUGAGAAUAUCCUUCUGUCUACUUAUACGGGACGGUUGGUGAUGCCUGCUCCAGAAAUUGUCAGUUAUCUGACAGCAGCAAGUUUCCUUCAGAUGUGGCACGUAGUAGACAAAUGCACUGAAGUGUUAGAAGGGAACCCAACAGUUCUCUGUCAGAAGAUGAAUCAUGGCAGUGAUCAUCAGUCCCCAAGCAGUAGUAGCUAUAAUGGGCUUGCUGAAACCUUUGAGCUGGGCUCUGGAGGACAGCCAGACUUCCACAAAGUGCAAGAGCUGAGGGACGGUGAAAAUGAAGAAGAAAGCUCUAAAGAUGAGCUGUCAUCUCAGCUAACAGAACAUGAGUACCUUCCCAGUAAUUCUUCAGCAGAACACGACAGACUCAGCACAGGAAUGACAAGUCAGGAUGGUGAAGAGGGAGCCAGCGACAGUGCAGAGUGUCAGUAUACAAGGCCUAUCUAUAGCAAACCCAGCAUCAUGUCACACAAGCGUUGGAUCCAUGUGAAACCAGAAAGAUUUGAACAGGACUGUGAAGGUGUAGAUGCACAUACUUAUGAUGAGCACCAGGUGUCUGAAUCCAUGAAUGUCAUUCAGACAGAGCAUUCUAUCCAGUCUUCAGGAGUUGAAGACUUUCACGUAAGUGACAAAAAGAUGGAGGCAGAAUUUGAUGAACAGGCUGAUGAAAAUAACUAUGAUGAGCAAGUUGAUUUCUAUGGCUCUUCUAUGGAAGAAUUUUCUGGUGAAAGGGCAGAUGGAAAUCUAAAUGUUCACAGACAAGAUGUUAUGAUAGCAGCAGGGUAUGGUGAGAGCAUUGAAAUGGCUACAGGAAUUAAAGAAGAAACCACCCUCUCUGGAUUCUCACCUACUGACAAACUAUAUCCUUGUCAAUGUGGUAAAAGCUUUACACACAAGAGUCAGAGGGAUCGGCACAUGAGCAUGCACUUGGGUCUUCGGCCUUAUGGUUGUGGUGUCUGCGGUAAGAAAUUCAAAAUGAAACAUCACCUUGUCGGCCAUAUGAAAAUCCACACAGGCAUAAAACCUUACGAGUGUAAUAUCUGUGGGAAAAGAUUUAUGUGGAGGGACAGUUUUCAUCGGCAUGUAACUUCUUGUACUAAGUCAUACCAAGCGUCCAAAGCUGAGCAGAAUACUACUGAGAUGAACUAA